AUGUCAACUGAACAUAUUCAUCGUUUGUCAACCUCUUCUACUUCAUCUAUUUCUUCAAUGUCAAUUGAUGAUAUUCAUAUUUUAUCAACCUCCCCUGCUUCAUCUACUUCUACAUCAUCAAAUACAAAUGUUUCAUCAUCUUCUUCGGUAAAUUCGUUAUCAUAUUCUAGUGAACGAAUAUGUUAUUUAUUAAAACAUGAAAAACAACAAUACGAUAUUGUUGAUAAUAAAGUAUCAUCAACAGUUGGCUCAUAUUGGUCUAUUUUUGGAUUUAUAUUUUCUUUUAACUCUUCGUCGUAUCUUGGAUCAUAUGUUCUUUUUGUUAUUAUGCUUAAAUAUCUUUCGAUUAUGUGA